UAACAAUUUGUAGGAUCUGAGAAAAUUAAUUAAUUUCACCGUAAGCUUAGAUUCCCAACCGCAAAGCACACACCGAAUCACACUAUCCCAACCGCCGGAGAGAAGAGAUGGCGAAAUCGAGCGCCGACGACGAGGAGCUCCGCCGCGCCUGCGAGGCGGCGAUCGAGGGAACCAAGCAGAACGUCGUGUUGUCGAUGAGGGUGGCCAAGACAAACGUCAUGUGGAACAAAGCCGGCAAAUUGGGGCGCGGCAGCAUGGCCAAGCCUCGCGUUCUCGCAAUCUCAGUAAAGACAAAAGGUAAAAAGUCGAAAGCUUUUCUCCGUGUCAUGAAAUAUUCGUCUGGAGGUGUUCUUGAGGCUGACAAAUUCUACAAGUUGAAGCAUCUUUCGAAAGUGGAAGUUGUAUCCAACGACCCGAGUGGAUGUACUUUCACGCUGGGUUUCGAUAACCUAAGAAAUCAAAGUGUUGCCCCGCCUCAGUGGAUGAUGCGCAACGUUGAUGACAGGAACCGAAUUCUGCUUUCCAUCUUAAAUAUCUGCAGGGAUUCGGGUGAUCUUCCUAAAGUUGUUGGCAUAGACAUUGUAGAGAUGGCUCUUUGGGCGAAGCAAAAUACACAAGCAAUUCCUAAGCCGCAACAAACAAGCUUUCAAGAAGGAGGGCUUGAUCCCGUUGUCAUCACGGAAACUGACAUGCAAGUGACAGUCGAAAAGGAACUAGUGUCUCAAGCUGAAGAAGAGGACAUGGAAGCUCUCCUAGGCACUUAUGUCAUGGGUAUUGGUGAAGCAGAGGCGUUUUCUGAGCGGUUGAAGCGGGAGCUUCAAGCUUUAGAAGCUGCAAAUGUUCAUGCAAUCAUGGAGAACGAGUCCUUGAUACAUCAAGUGCUGCAUGGCCUUGAGGUAGCUAGUAAUUGUGUGGAGGAUAUGGAUGAAUGGUUAUGCAUGUUCAAUGUCAAACUAAGGCACAUGAGAGAGGACAUUGAGUCGAUUGAAACGGGUAAUAACAGGCUCGAAAUGCAGUCAGUGAACAACAAAGCCUUAGUUGAGGAACUCGACAAGCUUCUUGAAAAGCUGCGUAUGCCUUCUGAGUAUGCGGCAUGUCUAAUGGGGGGAUCAUUUGACGAAGCAAGCAUGUUUGACAACAUGGAAUCAUGUGAGUGGCUAGGAAGUGCUUUAUCGUCUCUCGAAGUGCCCAACUUGGAUCCUUGCUUUGCAAAAAUGAGAGCUGUUAGAGAGAAGCAUGAAGAACUCGAAAAUAUGAAAAGCACAUAUGCUAGAAGAGCAUGUGAAUUCUUGAAGAAGUAUUUUACGGGUUUGGUGGAUUUCAUGUUAAAUGAUAAGAACUAUUUCUCUCAGGUUGGGCAACUGAAGAAACCUGAUCAUGCAGAUCUGCGGUAUAAAAGUAGGACAUAUGCUCGCCUUUUGCAACACCUGAAGGGUCUGGACAAAAAUUUCUUGGUUCCUUUACGGAGAGCGUAUUGUAGCUCCAUGAACAUGCUUCUAAAGCGGGAGGCUCGUGAGUUUGCAAUCGAGCUUCGUGCUAGUGCAUUAUUACCGAGGAAUCCAAUUGUAUGGCUUGAUGGUGCUUUAAAUCCUAAUUCAAGUACUUGCGAAGACACUUCUACUAUAUCUGAAGUCUACACAUUAAUGCUCACGGUUUUCAUUCCGGUCCUUGCCGAUGAGUGUUCAUUCUUUGCACAAUUCAUGUGCUUCGAACUCCCGCCUCCUGUUCCUGUCGAUGAUGAAAAUCAAAAUAGUAAUGUCGCUGACAGGGGAAAUGCGGGUAAGCAAACAGUGGAUAUGGCGGCAUUGAAUGAAUCGCUUCAGGAUCUCCUCGAUGGCUUGCAGGAAGAGUUCUUUGGUUUGAUUGACUGGGCUUAUAAGAUCGAUCCUCUUCGUUGUAUAUCUAUGCACGGGACUACUGAGCGUUAUCUUUCCGAUAAGAAAUUUGACCAAGCGGGGUUCGUGCAUAUUUUACUUGACGACAUGGAGGGCAGAAUCUCUAUGUUGUUUAGUCGAUUUGUUGAUGAUAUUUGCCACCAGAUUGAAAGAAAUGAGAAGAAUCUUCGACAGGUGGGAGUCUUGUCAUAUAUACCAAGGUUUGCUGUUCUUGCCACUCGUAUGGAGCAGUACGUCCAAGGGCAGUCGAGGGAUUUGGUUGAUCAGGCUUACACAAAACUCGUUACCAUAAUGUUCGUGACGUUGGAUAAAAUUGCUCAAGCGGAUGCAAAAUAUGCAGAUGUUUUGCUCUUAGAAAAUUAUGCAGCAUUUCAAAAUAGCGUUUAUGAGCUGGCCAACGUUGUUCCCACUUUAGCGAAAUUCUACCAUCAAGCAAGUGAAGCUUACGAACAAGCUUGUUCGCGCUUUAUAACUACAAUCAUAUACUAUCAAUUUGAACGCCUUUUCAAUUUCGCGCGUAAAGUAGAGGAUUUGAUCACCAAUAUCAACACAGAAGAGAUACCUUUCCAACUUGGGGUGUCGAAAUCUGACCUCCGAAAGGUCAUAAAAUCAAAUUUAUCCGGGGUUGACAAGUCCGUCGCUGCAAUGUACAAGAAAAUGCAGAAGAAUUUGACCUCCUCUGAGGAAUUGCUGCCUUCAUUAUGGGACAAGUGCAAGACUGAGUUUCUUGAAAAAUACACUGUGUUUGCUCAAUUAGUAGCUAAGGUAUAUCCAGCAGAGAACGUCCCAGGUGUCCCAGAAAUGAGAGAAAUAUUGGCUUCCAUGUAGACAAAAAUUUUAUUUUUUAUUUCUUUUGAAAAUUUUAUUUGUUCUCUUUGAUUUUAAAGUUUUUAGUUUUAUUUAUUUAUUCAUUCAUUGUAUUCGUUUGGUUGAUAUAUAUAUUAAAUUGUUAUUACCCAACGAAAGGAAAAACACAUUCAUACUCUAACCUUCUAGGUGAUUCGAACCUCUGAUCUAUUGGUUGGAGGAGAAACGUUUUACUAACAGACUGUGUCUCAUCGUCUUGUUUGGUGUCGGUAUAUAACUUCAACUCCUUUCAUCUCCAAUAUUGUGCACUAUUAUACAACAACUUUAAUACUAAAAUAAUGUAGAAUUUCAGUUUCAUCUCCCGUGGUAUAUUCUAUUAUACAACAAAAAUUAAUAUUUUAAAAAAUAUUUUUUAAUUAAUUUGUUCUUGAUUAACAAGUGAAAUUUAUUGUAAUUAUUAUAACAAAUUCAUAAAAGAAAAGAAAAGAAAAUAACAAAAGAAUAGUGCAACAAAUAGUAUCGCUCUAAUAAUUAUUGCUACUCAUAAAAAUUAGGUCCUGUUUUUUUUUAAAAAAAAAUUGUAUUACUCAGAAAAAGGGAAAACACACUCAUACCUUAGCUCUCUAGAUGACUCGAACCCCCGACUUAUUAGUUGAAGGAGAAGCGUCUUACCAACAAAUUGCGCUUCAUCGUCAGUAAAAAUUAGGUCUUACCAACAGAUUGCGCUUCAUCAUCAGUAAAAAUUAGGUCCUUACUUGUGCUACCUAAAUUUUAAUUAAAAUUAAAGUAAAUAAAGUUGAUCUUAAUCAAUCAAAGUAUAGGGAUCCAAUUAAAAAAGAUAAAAUUAAAGAUAAAAAAAAAGACAACUGAAUUGGUAAGACGUUUUUCCUCUAAUCAAUAGGUCAGAGACUCGAGUCUUCACAGGGAAAAUAAAAAUCAUUUACGUAUAUUUUAAAAAAACUAAAAAAUAUUGAGAACUAAAUAAUGUGUUUAUUUGUAAAUGAAAUAACACGAUACAAUUCCACAAUUGGAAUAGAUAAUGAAACACCACUAAUCUAAUAAAUAAAGAAUAAUUAUAGAUUAAUCUUAUUAUAUUUCUCAUGUACAUUAGUACUAAACUACCUAAUAUUAUUUUAAAAAACGCGCGCUCAAAAUCAUGAACGAUC